AUGAACGUAAAAACCGUUAGUGAGAAGCCAAAGUCGUUUAGGCAAUCAUAAAAUGAUAAACUUAGACUAUUAUAAAAAUAAAUAAAUGAUUAGUUAGAUAGUUUUAAUAAAAAUUUCGAAGUAACAUAAAAAGAUAUUUUCGAAAGCUUGUGUAGCAUACGUUUAGCAAUCACAGAAAUUUAAAAUUUCGCAGAUAAGAAAUUUAGUUUAGAUUAAAGCAGGUAAAAUGAUUAUACAACUUAGGCAAUAAACGAUUCAUAUUCAGAUCAAAUCUAUUAAUUUACAGAGCCAUUACAGCAGCUAGUCGAAAAAAUGAAUUUUAAAGAAGAAUCAAAAGAAAAGAAUAAAAAGGCUAUUAAGGAAGGCAUGAACUAAAAAGAUCUUAAUAGUUUUUUAGUUAUUAUUAAUCAAUUGAUAAACUUAACAAAAAAUCAGUCAUAUGAUAAUGGAAAGCAAAUUAUUAAAGAAGAUUAAAGAAAAAUGUAUUAAAGCGCCAUGCAUUAUUAAACACACUCUAAUACUUAAUCAACUUAACAUACUUUAGGCUAAUAAAGCGAAAGCUAAAAAUCAAGUGGACAUGGUCAAGCUACUUUUCUCGAUUAUUCAGUACCAUCAACAUAAAUAUAAACUUAAUGGAGUAGAAACUAAAAUUAAAAUAUGGAAGAAUAAACUAACUAAAAGUCUCAAAAAGAUCAAGACAAAGAAUCGAGCAGACCAACUGAAGCCCAAUAAAAAUUUUAAAGCUAAAAUUAUUAUUAGAACUAAUAAAAUUAAUUAAUACUCCAAACUGCUAUGAAAAAUUCAUCUAAUCCAAUUGAAUAAUAUCCUAAUGACGAAACUUCUAAAAAGUUUUCUAAUAAAGAAACUAAUCCAUUUAAACUAACUGAAACCCAAUCUAAAUAGUAAAGUCAAAAUAAAACUCAAAAUAAUUCUUAGAGCUAAUCAAAUUAAUAGAUAACCCAAACAACUACACUAAAUUUUUCUUAGGUUAAUAUCCAUAGUGAACAUAAAAAUCAAGUUUAACAGAAUGUUAACUCAUCCUUAGGUAUUAAUUAAGCAAAUAAUGAUAUACCUGUUGUAGAAAGAAAGAUACUGGUAGCUGAUUAAUACUAUAAAAUUAUACCAAAUUAAUAAAAAGCGAUAGAAAAAGUGAACGAGUACUUUAGUAAAAAUCAAUAAAAUUGGUAGGCUGUAGUUUAAUAGUAAAAUCCAGCAAUAAUUGAAGAUAAAUAAAAAGUUCAUUCAAGAUAUCAAUCUGCUUAACCAUAUUCUCCAAAUCUAAUUAAUCAAGGUUUUGUGGAGAUAAAUAAUCCUUAACAAUUUAAGAAUAAUGAAAUUGAAUAUAUUGCAAAUCAAAAUUAGAGAAUGUAUUAUAAGAUUAUCAUGAGAAAUUAAUUGACAAUGUGUUCUUAAUUUUGCGAUCCUGAUGAGUAAGUUAAUGGUUUUAGGAAUCCUGAUCCUGGAUAUGAUUUUUGCAUUCCUCAUAAUAAAACGAUAUUAUCAGCUAAUAACUACCUUUAUCAUUCGUCUAAAGGUAAAAAAGAAUUAGUAAACAUGAGAUUCACUCUACAUAAUCGUAUUCGGUAACAAGAUUCUUAAUAAGAAAAGGAAUUAAAAAAAUAUCAAGAGUUUAAAUCUAUUUUAGAAUCAAAUAUCCCUAUUUCUAGUGUUAGUAGAGAUCAUCCUAACGAUUACUUUCCCUCAAAAAAUUAGCAAACAGUAUCUGAAGUAGUAAUAGGUAUCCUCGAUUAAAGUAGUUCUGAAAAUGAAAAAUAGAUAAAAGAAGAUGACAAAAUAAACUAAGAUAAUAUGAAUUUUUUGCUUAAAAUAUAUCACAAAAAAAGAAUAGAUGAAGAAUCCUGGUAAGAACAUAUUCACGAACUUAAGAGUAAAUAUUAAGAAAAAUCUAAACUAAGCAAUAAUAAAUAACUUAGCAAUAUAGCAAAUAUAUUUGCUAAAAAUGAAAAUAUUAAAAGCAUAGCUAAAGAAAUACAUGGAGAUAUUUAAAAUUUAAAAGAUUUGAGGUAUGCAAUUUUAAAUAAGAGUAUUCACUCUGAAUUCAUGAACGACCUCUGUUACACAAUCAAUAAUAAAUUAAUCACAACUUAAGAAAUAUAAUAUGAAAAUGAUGUAUUGAGAAUAAACGUCAAUAGAUCCAUAGAUCAAAUAACAAGUAGUAAUGGAUAUUUCUCAUAUGAUGAAACUAAAGUGUGUGAAAUCUUCUAUUAACUAACAUGCUAAUAUUAUGGAAAUGAGCUGUAGGAACAAAUUAAAUUAUAUAAUUACCUUCCAAUCACUCUGCUCAAAAGCUCAGGUUAUGAAUAAAAAUGGUUAGUCAUUGACUUAAAAGCAAAUUAAAUUAAAUUAAACGAGUAUGAUAGUGAUGAAGAUAUUGAUAAAGAUGACUAAAAAAAUAAGCAGGAUUCAAAAAAUCAAAAAAAUAUAGAUGAUACUAUCAAAAAGCUUAAAGUAUUAAGCAUCUACACUAAAGAGUCAAAUGCAUAAUUUUCCAAACAUAAGCAAGCUGUUCUUGAAAUUAAGGGUAGUUAAAAAUGUGCAUAUAACAUAGACUCAACGACAAUAGCAACAAAUUACUAUCAAUUAUCUUUGGAAAAAAUGAGAAACCUAACUUUGGGUGACUAAGAACUUAUUUAGGUUUUUUACUUAGCUCUUAAAGAAUUAUAAAAUAUAUUUAAAAAUGGAUUUCAUUUUUUAAGCUUAAACCCAAAAAAUAUCUUUUUACACAUAAAGGCUACAGGUAGUUAAAGAUUUAAAGUAAAGUUCCAUAUCGACAGUAGUUGCUAUAAACCAACUCAAUAUUACAACCCAACUUUUAGUCCUGGGCUGAUCAAUCAGAAUUGGAGUCCUAAUUCUUAUGAUGAUAUGAGCUAUUUUAAAAAGUAGACUCUUUAUAAUCUCUGUUUAAGUUUUUUACAUAUUAUAACAUUAAAUGAAGAUGAUAUCUAUAAUUUAGAUCCUGAAACCAUUUUAAACAUAGGAUGCAGAAACACUUAAAGAAAUUUAAAGACGAAUUAUCCCAAUUUCUGCAAAUUUUUGGAAAUUAUUCUAAUUUAUGGAAGCACUGAUGAUGUUAGUGUUCUUAUCAAUUUAAUUAAAAAAGACUAUAUUGAGUAGUAGUCUAAAAAUAAAUAAAAAUUUGAUUUCAGUAUUCUCCUACAUAACAAAAAUAAUAUGUAGAAAGUUAUUGAUACCCAAAUUAAUAAAUUCACCAAAGUAAUUUAAGAGUUUUUUACCCCUCGAAGAAUCUAUGAAAGAGUUAUGUUCUUUUACUAUACAAAUUAAUUCUAACAACUUAAUUCUAAAGGAGAGACUGAAAGGAUCUAUCUUUACGUUGAUUAACUCCUUAAAUCACUCAACAAUCAAGAAAAGAUUGUUUAAUUGUGUCCUUAGAAUUUGCUGAUUAACUUAGUAUCUAUCUAUUUAACAAAUAUUUUAUUCUACCAAUUCAAAGAAAAAGAAGUUUAAGAGCAAUUUAACAAAAUAUGUAGCUUGGAAACAAUACACUUCACUGAAACUUAAUUAUGUAGAGCAUUGAUUGGUAAACAAACAGUGAAAUUUUACGUUGCGUUGGAAAAAUCUAAUUAAACAUGCCAAUUGAGGAAUAUUGAGAUAAAAGAAGAUGAUCUGAAAAAGAAUUUAGCAAAUAAAUUUAUUAUCUAAAUCUUAAAAGAAAAGCCAAGACUAUGCGAUAGAUAUGCCUAAGAUGAUGUCCCUUCAAAAAUAAAGCUAAAACUAAAUGAAAGAAGAUUUUCAGAAGUUUAAAACUUGAUUGAUUAAUAUUAUAAGUAAAGAGAGAAUUAUAGAAAAAGUAUAUUCUUUACUCCCAUUAAAUUGAGUUAUUAUGAUGACAUGAUCAAUUGUAGGAUAGGUAUUAAAAAGAUGAUAGAAGCUUUCUUAUAUACAAACGAAAAUUUUGAGCUAAAGCUUAAUUUGUUUGGCUGGGAAAGCGUAGAAUCUGCAAACGGGUGUAAUUCAGUAGGUUAUGUGCUUUUUUAUCUCAGAAAAAUUAAAGAAUCACAGUCAUAUGUAGAGCAAGCUAUUUUUUGGAGUGUUGCUUACAAAGGUACUGAUAAUGCAGAACUUGCUACAUCUUAUAACAACAUUGCUUACUUGGUUGUAAAUAACAACGAAAUAGAAAAUUCAUUGAGAUAUCACUAUAAAGCUUUGAAAAUCAGAAAGUAGCUGCAUCCUAAAGGACAUAAUGAUUUAGGAUCAACAUAUAAUAAUAUUGGAUAGAAUUUAACAAGACUAAAAAAGAACAAUGAAUCGCUUCAAUACUACUAAAAAGCUAUGAAUGUCUGGAUAAGAUUAAUGGGUUACAAGCACAACACUGUCUCUCUAGCUCUUAGCAACAUUGCAAAUACCUAUACUCAGAUGUAGAAAUAUGAUCACUCCAUUAUUUUCCAUAGAAUUUCAUACUCUGUAAGAUACCAAACUCUAAAGUAAGAGUCAAUUGAUGCAGGACAACUUAGCUAAACUACAGAAUAUGUCUAAAUCAAUAAUCAUGAUCUUGCUAUUACUCUAGAUAACAUUGGUUUUGCUUAUACAAAAUAGGAAAAAUAUGAAGAAGCUCUCAAAGUACAAGAAUUAGCCAAGAAAAUGUGGAAAGAACUUUGUCAAAGAAAUCAAACCCAUCUUCAAUCCUUCAUAGUUUCUCUGAAUAAUCUUGGAAACACUCAUAAAAAAAUGAAGAAUUAUGACAAGUGCUUUUAAGAAACGUACGAUACCUAGAAAAUACUUAGAGAAUGCAAAGACAAUAACUUAGUGAAGUAAUAGUAAAAUGUUAUCCGUAAUAUCAAAAACGAAAUUAACAGGCAUGUUAUUAUGACUCUAAGAGAAAUUAAUUGCUAUCUGCAAGUAAAUUAAAGUGAAUAGGCUAUCGUUCUUCUCUUUAAAAUAGCUCAUCUUUACGACAGAAUUUUAAAUUAAAUUCAAUUAGUUGAAGAAAUGAAUCACAUUUAAGGAUUAGAUGAUAAUAUUAGCUUGCAAAAAAUAGGGAUUACGGUUAAUUAACAUGAUGGAAUAAAAAAGAUAUUCCCUUAUAUUAUAUUUAAUAAGUAACCUUAUUUCAUUAGAAUUCCUCCUAGGUGUUUUCAUUCUAGUUAAAUUGAUAAUGCUGAAAAAGAAAUUGAAAAUUAAUUUAAAAGCUUAUAGAGUGAAUACGAACAAGCAUAAUCUUAAAUAAUACAAAAUUAAACAACACAAGGACAAAGUUCAACUAUUUAAUAUUAACAAAACAGCUCUUCUUAAUAAAAUACUUAAAGUACAAUAACUGAAAAUUAUAAUACUCAGUAAAGAAUCAUUGAUAAAAGAAACUAACUUAUUAAGGCAAGAUAGGAGUAAGCUCAAGUAGAAUUUAUGAGAAUGGAUACUAAAUUUGCAAGUCUUCAUCAAUUUAUAAUGGUCCUUCUUUUAUUUUCUAUUGGAGACAUACUUUUUGAAAAAAUUAUUAUCAAGUUAAAAGAUGCAGAAUUUCAAAAGCAAUCUAAAGAAAUAUUUACUGAGCUUAAAUACAUUAUAGAUGCUCAUAUAACUGGAGAUAUUGGCAAAGUUUUUAAUAACUAUAAAGUUGCUUUUGAAAGGAGAUAGUGA